AUGAGAAUAUGGAUAGUUAUAGCAAUCGAAAGAAAUGGAUUAGAAGGUUUGGUUCAUGAACUUGAUUGGAAGAAAGCUGCUUUGAUUAUUGGUGCAUUGAUGCAGAUUGCUGAAACACUACAAUUAUAUGAAGCGGCUAAAGAUCUUACGGGGAAUAAGGAUUUUACCAUUCCAGCGAGCUUAGAUAUUGGUAGAAACUUGAUGCUGGAAGAAGUUGGAAGAUGGAGAAAUAAGAGGGUACGGCAUAAACAUACCUUCACUAUGUUGAUUCAACUUCAUUACACUUCGCAAGAUGAGAUUGGCAAAGGAAUUACUUGUUUAUUUGCUUAUAAGAGUGAUCCCAAAGAAAUUUUUGAAACAUUACAAGAGGCUAUCAAAAUCGAACGUAUAACUUGA